AUUGAAAGAGAUCUGCAAACUACGAUUCCCAGAACUUGGUAUUAUAGAAAAGUGCUUAUGAGUUACCACGCAUAACCACAGUACAUCGCAGAUACAGGAAGACGUAGUGUUCUCCUCCAGCAAUUACAAAGGAUUUGGCGUUUAUUUUGGUUUUUACAUUUUUAUUUUAUUUGACUCCUAUCAUGUCUUCUUUACUUUUUGCUGGGGUCGGUAGGACGGUUCCCUCAAAAGUCAAGCUUCUUUUGCCUCAUUUCAGCAGCAGCAGGUGUGCAAUUUCGAACUCAGAUUAUCCAUUGAAAACACUAGUUCUGCAGCGCUCAAAUGCUGGCUUUAAACUUUCCAGCGUGAGAUACAAGUCAAGUAUAACAGGGGAUCGAAGUGCAACUGGGUCCAACGGUAAGAAAGUCCGGCUAGUUGCUGGUGCUGCGCUGGUAGCGGGUCUGGUUGCUGGUUUAAGUCACUUUCAGAGAGCUGAGAUGAAAUCUACAGUGGCCGUUCAUUCUGAGACAGGCAAAAAUGAUGCAGAUGAUAUUUUGGAGAAGUGCAAAUGUUUUAUGUCUGAACCAGUGACAGAUGUCCAAGUCCUGCAGAAAAAUAAGGAAGAAAUGAGGACGAAGAUGGAGAUGAUGAUUUUGCAAACACAAGCAGAAUUUUGCAAAGCUCUCGCUGAGGUAGAUGGUGGAACUUUUCAAGUGGACCGCUGGGACAGGAAAGAGGGCGGUGGAGGUAUCAGCUGCGUCCUGCAAGACAGCAACAUUUUUGAGAAGGCCGGGGUAAACGUGUCUGUUGUGUUCGGACAGCUUUCUGAGGAAGCAGCCCAGCAGAUAAGAAGCCGAGGGAAAUCACUUAAAAGGAAAGAUGGAAAGCUGCCAUUCUGUGCUAUGGGGGUUAGUUCUGUGAUCCAUCCGAAGAACCCUCACAUCCCCACAAUACAUUUCAACUACAGAUACUUUGAAAUCGAAGAAGCCGAUGGUUCAAAGCUGUGGUGGUUUGGUGGAGGAACAGACCUGACACCCACAUAUCUUAAUAAGGAGGACGCUGUUCAUUUUCACAAAACCCUGAAGGAUGCCUGUGAUAAACAUGACAGGAAGCUGUAUCCGGAGUUUAAAAAAUGGUGCGACAACUAUUUCUUUAUUAAGCACCGGGGGGAGAGAAGAGGAGUCGGUGGAAUCUUCUUUGAUGACCUGGAUUCCCCCACAAAGGAAGAUGUGUUUGACUUUGUGAGGAGCUGUGCCAAAGCGGUGGUGCCCUGCUACAUACCCAUUGUGAAGAAACACCUCAACGACUCUUUCACCUCGGAGGAGAAGCAGUGGCAGCAGCUUCGUAGGGGCAGGUAUGUGGAGUUUAACCUAGUUUACGACAGAGGAACAAAGUUUGGCCUUGCAACACCUGGGUCCAGGAUAGAAAGCAUUUUGAUGUCUCUGCCACUUAAUGCAAGAUGGGAGUACAUGCACGAACCUCCUAAGGGUACAAAGGAAGCAGAAAUGUUGCAAGUGUUACGCAAUCCCAAAGACUGGGCUCAAUAACUAAGCUGAAGCAGAUAUGAAUACCAAUAACCCUCAGUUCACUGAUUUAGAUGAUCUGCAUGUCUCCCAAAACCUCUAUGUCAUUGCACUCAAUAGGUGAAAGUUAUGAGGAGACUCCUUAAAAGAGAUGCUGAAAGUAAACUCUCAGUACCUGUAUUGGAAACAAACAUUCAGGUUAUUGUUUAUGAAAAGUUUGGGUGCAUUUAACUUUUUAUUUAUUAUAUCUGCAAAGUAUGUCAUAAAAAACACUUUGUUUUUCUUGUACAACUUGAAGCUCCCUAUAAUGUGUCAAAAUCAAAUACAGAUGCCUUGCCUUCAUUAAAGCACAGCAGUUAGUAAGCAAACCUACUGCAAUAUACAGAAUUUUGUAGAACAUUUAAAAUUCUAAUCAAGAAGAAUCCAUUUUUUUCUAAUUUUAAAAUGAAUGAUAGUUUUGAAAAGAACAAAUCAACAAGAAAAUGGAAACACUGAUGUUUGAUUGAUGCAGAAUCCCACUUAAAUAAUCACUUCAUGUUUUAAAUAAUUGAAAACAAAAAUGAAAGCAUUGUGGAAAUGAAAAUAAUAUAUUUGUAUGCAUUUCUGCUGUUCCUAUGUCAUAUUUCUUUGUUAUAUUCCAUUUUAAGGCUGAGUUGCCAGCCUGUUUCAGGAUUACUUUUUACUCUGGACAAGCAUGCUUUCAGUUUGUUUAAGCCUUUGCCAUAACUGAGAUUGAACAUGGUGUGGACUAGUGUCAGUCUAUUGUAUUUAUUCAUGUGCUAUACUGAUGCGUUGUGUUGCAAGUGUAAAAGCUGUAAAGUUACAUAUUUAUAUGCCUUUUCUCAAGUUUUAUAAAAUCUUCUUGGUUAUUUACGCAACAAAAAGUAAAGUAAAAUUGUAUAGCUGUCA